ACCAAACGCCCUCCCAUGCCAAACAAGCUCAAAAAUAAUAAUAAAUGUUUUAGAACUUCUAGGGUUUGUCCAGAGGCGUGUAAAUUGUUGCUGCUUUGCUUUAGGAGAGCGGCUGAAAUCACUUGCGCUCGGAUCUUCGAUCUCCCGCUCUGCUCUUCUUCUCCGUUUCUGCAAUUAAGGGCACUGAUGGCAUCAAGAUUGCAACGAUUGCAAUCUAAGGCUUCAGAAGUUUCACAAUAUGUGGUAAAGCAUGGAGUUCCAUACUACAAGCAGUUGUUGGAACAGAACAAGCAAUACAUUCAAGAACCACCCACAGUGGAGAAAUGCAACCUGUUGGCCAAGCAAUUGUUUUACACUCGACUUGCUAGUAUUUCAGGUCGGUAUGAGUCAUUCUGGAAGGAACUGGAUUAUGUCAAGCAUCUAUGGAAGAAUAGGCAAGAGCUAAAGGUUGAGGAUGCGGGGAUUGCUGCUUUAUUUGGACUGGAAUGCUUUGCAUGGUUUUGUGGUGGGGAGAUUGUUGGAAGGGGGUUUACAUUCACCGGUUACUAUCCAUGAGAAAAACUACUCACGUCCAAGUGUAUGGGGGGUGAUUGAUGUCUCUACAGGCUUUCUUCCUCCUCAACUUGAGGAAAUCGGUUAGUUCAGUAUUAGCAUAUUGUUCAUUUAAGAAAUUGUUUUUCUUCUGAUAAAUUUUUUGAAGCUGAGGAAUAAUAAUCAGUGGGUAAGGACGGCUGCCCCCAAUAAUCCCUGUAUUUGGUAAUGGGUACUCUUCUCUUGAGAUGCAUCUGUUUGAAAUGCUUUUUAUC